AUAAGCUUGAAUUGCAGGCAAUCGCCCUUUAGUUGUGCAUACCUCGUUAAAGCAACAGUUUAUUAAAGUGUUCUUUCAAUUAAAAUCUAAUGAUUAGAACACGUCUUUUUAUUACAAAUAUUUACAAAAAUGCUAAAUUACGAAGAUUACACUAUAAACAGGAAAAUCCACAAAUUACACUGCCUUUGGGUGCGGUCAAAGGCCAACAAUGUCAAACCGUUUACGCGCAAGAUUAUUACAGCUUCGAAGGUAUACCCUAUGCCAAGCCGCCCUUAGCGGAGUUACGCUUCAAGUCACCACAACCGGUCGAACCUUGGAGCGGUGUCAAGGAUUGUACUCAGUGCUCUAACAAACCGUUACAAAAGAACUCGCUCACAGGCCGUGUGGAGGGUUCAGAAGAUUGUCUAUAUUUGAAUGUCUAUACAAAAACGUUGCAGUCAGAAAAACCCUUGCCGGUGUUGGUUUUUAUUCAUGGUGGCGGUUUCUAUUCAGGAGAAGCCACACGGAAACUUUACGCCCCGGACUAUUUUAUGAGUGAGCAGGUGGUACUGGUUACGCUCAAUUAUCGUCUCUGUUCUUUGGGUUUCCUCAGUCUCGCUGAUCCUGAAUUACAAAUUCCCGGCAAUGCUGCAAUGAAAGAUAAAAUUCUUGCGCUCAAAUGGGUGAAACAGUACAUCAGUCACUUCAAUGGGGAUCCCAAUAAUGUAACGCUUUUUGGUGAAAGCGCCGGUGCUGGUAGCGCUCAUGCGAUUACGCUUAGCGCUCAGUCCGAAGAUCUCUUUCAACGCGUCAUACUUAUGUCGGGUAGUGCGCUAUGUUACUGGAUAAAUAUGCCACAAACUGAUUUGGCCUAUAGACUAGCGAAAACUCACGGCUACAAAGGUGAUAAUAUUGACGGAGACAUUUUGCGAUUUUUACAACAAUUAGACCCCGCAAAGUUAGUGCAACAUUCAUUGCUCAAUGCAGAGGAACGUAGAAAGUCGUACGUGUAUGCUUUUGCACCAAUCGUUGAACCAUAUGUUAGUGAGGAUUGUGUACUAGCAAAACCUCCAUUUGAGCUUUUGAAAGAUACUUGGAGUAAUCGAAUACCGAUGAUAAUUGGUGGCAAUUCUUUCGAGGGACUGGUUAUGUACCAACGUGUUAAGAUGUUCCCGCAAAUAAUUGGCAACUUUUUAAUCGAUCCAGAGUGUAUUUUACCGGAGGAUAUUAAGGCUGUGUACACACCAGAAGAGCGUCAAGAAAUGGGUGAAAAGUUAUUAAAACUGUUUUUUGACGCCAAAACGCCUGGAGAUAGUUUAUUUUUAAAAUUUCUCGAUAUUUAUAGCCACAAAAUGUUUUGGCACGAUAUUCAUCGCACUGUUUUGGCACGUUUAGCAUAUGCUGAACAACCCACUUAUCAAUAUCGUUUCGAUUUUGACUCGCCCGAUUUUAAUUUAUAUCGCGCUAUAUAUUGUGGCAACGAAGCUGUACGUGGUGUAUGUCACGCUGAUGAUUUAUCGUAUACAUUUUUCUCGAGUAACUCUAGGAAAGUCAGCUUGGAUUCGGCAGAAUAUAAAACUAUUCAAAGACUAAUUGGUUUAUUAACCGCUUUUGCAACUAACUCUGAUCCCAAUUGUGAUGCAAUUAAACCGGUUGUGUGGACACCACUAGAAGACUCUGAACCGAAUAUGGCUUUAAAUAUUAACCAUGAUUUGAAAAUGAUGGAAUUACCGGAGACUGAUAAGUUAAAUGCGCAGAAUGCCUUAUUUACACACAGAAAGCAAUUGUACUAAAUACUUAGUGAGAAUACGGGAGUACACUAUAUACUCAUAUAAGUUUAUGUAUGACCCUCCCUGCCCUCGCUAUUACUCUAAAUAAGUGUAGUAAUUCUAACUUAGUAUAUAUACUUAUAAGCAGCUUACGUCACUAAUACUAAAUGUAUUUGGUGGGAUUUUAUCACUUUGGUACAAAGUGAAAAAUUGUGGGAAUAUUUUAAGGCAAACAUUUAAGGAAUUGAACGCAAACACAAAAGCUAAUUUUAAUAAGCCAAUACCCGAUAUGCUCACAAAAUGUCAUAAAAAUCGGUCCAGCCGUUUCGGAGGAGUUUGGCAACAAACACUGCGACAUGAUAAUUUUAUUAUUGGAUUAACUCGUGGACCGAAAUUAUCUAUUAUCCCACCACAAAACAAGUAAGAAAGGGCUAAAUUCGGGAGUAACCGAACAUUAUAUUAUAUAUUCUCGCAAUUUAUUUAUUUAAUUUCAUUCAAUUUCAUUCGGCUCACAUUACAUUAUUUAUAUGAAAGCUGGCAUAAUUAUUUGACCGAUUUCAACACUUUUUGCCAUAUCUCAAGAACUUCUUGACCAAUUAUGACCCGGAUCUGACGAAAUGAAAAUAAUCUAAAUCGGUUCACAACCACACCUACUUCCUGUAUAACUCAAUUUUUAAUUUAAUUUAAUUAAUUUAAUCUGAUCACUUUAUAAUAUAUAAAUCAAGAACCAAUGAAAAUACUACAUUGGAGGUGUAGCAUCUCUCAUUAAAAAAAAUAUCAAACCAUAAGUUUUCAAGGCCCCGAUUUAUCGGUUGAUAUGUGGUAUAUAAUAUAGCUUAGUGGAGAGUAUGAAUUAAAUCGGUCCAGGAAUUACCCCAACACCAAGUGGGCUUUAUGCCGAAUAGAUCGGUUGAAUAAUGUGUUAUCUUAAUCAAAUUAUAUAUAUAUAUAUUUAAGUUUUGGCAAAACCUUAUAAUAUGUCCCUUCCAUAGAUCCUUACAAAUUGCGAAAGUAUAAAAUGUUCGGUUAUACCCGAACGUCGCCGUUCCUUACUUGUUUUCAUGUAAUCAAUUAAAAUGUCUAAUUUCGGAUACAUUCCAAUGAUAGAUGUUCUUUAAUAGCAAAUAGUAAAAAUAGCGUGUGAGAUAUUUCCAGGGGUCUGCCAAACUCAAGAGGAAAAUUAUUAUAUUGGAAAUCGAUAUUUGAUAUUAAGCGAAGUUGUUCACUGAUUAACUUAUGGUUUGUAUGUUUAUUAACUUUAGUACUCAUUAGCUGAAAUGCGUAUAUUCAUCAACAUGUAUUAGAGCUUAGGGAAAGGACAAUCAUUUUAUGUACAGAAUCAAAUCAUCUUAUGUUACAUAUGUAUGUGAAAUAUACUCCCUUUAUUUUUUUUUAAUAUCUCUACUGUGAGCAAUAUAUCCACUAUAAAGCCGAUUAGGUCGUCAGAAAUCCCCACACUAGAAUAGAGAAAGACUAAAUCGAUUUUAUUCACAUUUGACAAUAAACCACAAUAUAUAAUAUUAAGGGAAA